GUUGUGCAAUAUCACCAGAGAAGCAAGAUGGCGCGUCUUUCUGUCACUUUGGCUCUGUUGUUCCUCGCCUGCGUGUGCGCAAGUCCAGCCAGGAAGAAGCUUACGUUAAUGAAAGACACAAACAUUGGGAACGCGUUCGCAAUCGGUGGCGGCCGGUCCGGCGGCAUCGUGGAGGGCAACCGAGUGGUGGGGGCGCGAGAGAACCCUACCACCAAACCACCGGAAAAUAACGAAGAAGUGUCUGAAGUGGCGUUAGUGAACAAAGUGAACACCGGUGCGUCUUGGGCCAUGUUCGGAAGUGUCACAGCGUCCGUCGUCAGGAACAGUACAUUCGCUGACAGAAUACCUUUCACGUAAGGAGAAAGAAAGUAUUCUACGACAUUCUGCCGAACUAUACAUAAGUAACUCAAGAAAAAAAGUUACAGCGUACGGAAUUAACGAUUCUUCAAACAGUUGCAUUUAUUAAUUUUAAUGCUUAGAUAUUAAGAACAACCUAUAUAUUUAAUGUAAAAUUAAAGAAAAAAUAAACCAUAUUUAUUAAAUA